AGCAAAUACGCGCUAACAAGUAUGGUAGUUUGUCGGAUCGUCGGAUGAUGCAAGAUAAGUAAAUUGUGAGGAGGUGUUGUGAUGUGGAAGUUUGUGAAAAGUGAUGGUGGUGGUGUCGCCGUAAGAGUUUGGUAGACGCAUGAAGAAUUCGUGGAUUUCUGAUAUACAUUGAUAUGCUUAAAUGUCUGUCACUGGAAAAUGGCCGUACCUAAGGCGAUAAUUAUUACAGCAAUUCCAAAAUAUGUUCAUAGUGAUGGCACUCUUAGUAAUCAAGCCGGAAUUAAAUUGAAGGCUAGGAAUUCAAUUUUGAAGUGCAGCAAUAACACAGCAAUAGCCGGUAAAAUUGCAAUACCAAAAUCAAAUUUGGUCACAUCUAUGGGGUGUGAGGAUUCACAAAUAAGCGUUCCGAACAGAAAGAGGAGAUUGGACCAUUUAACCUUGGAAGAAAAACUGCAAAGAAAGAAAUUGAAGAACAGAGUGGCAGCCCAGAGCUCAAGAGACCGGAAGAAAGCACGUUUGGAUGACCUAGAAACUGAAGUAAGGAUACUCAAAGAAAAGAAUGAAGCAUUAACCUUACAGUGCCAUAAUCUUCAGUUAGAAAAGAAACAGUUAGCUUCAGAGAAUCAAGAGCUGCGCCAGAAGUUGUCAGGCCUUGAGUGUAACCAUCAGACCCAUGAUGUUGGCUGUAGUACCCAGGUUGAACCAGCAGCGUUUAGCAUGGACCCUCUGCCGCAGGGACAGGCACUACAGCGGGCACUGGGCCCGGGGUCUCAGGUUUUGACAAUGUGGCAGGUUCUGAAAUACUGCCUUAUCUCCCAGAUCUCCUCGAUAGUGUUGAUGGAGAUAUGUGCCUAUCUCACCUGGAUGAAUUGGCUCAAAGCUUACUCAGAGAAGCCGCUGAAAUGGACACAGAGCACAGACAGUCCAGUGCAGAGGUUGGAGUGUAUGGAUUCCAGGGAACGGGUAACCAUUAUAAAAUGGUGGGGCCGUCACCAGAAGACAUGGAAACCGAUAGAGAACUGAUCACAAGCAGUGCUGCUUUAAGAUUUUCAGAUCAGGGCAAAACCAGUUAUGCAAGCAUUCCAGACAUUCAAGACUCCUCUGUAUACCUUGU